AUGCGCCGAGUGUGCCGGCAUGUGUCGUUAUGCCAGCCACAGCGCUUAUCCAGCUCUUCUGCACCUCAUCACAUCAAUCGGCUGCCUCGUGUACGAUUUGAUGAUAAGCGUAUCAGCAUAUUAUUGUCGAGUCGAACAUCUACAGACAGCUUCGUACUCGCUUGCCGAGCGCUGCGUUGCAAAGAUGAGAUUGAACUAGUGGCAGCCACAGACUCACGUGCAUGGAAUGUGGCAUUACAACGUCGAUUUGAAAAACGAGAUGAACGUGGUGCCGCCGAGCUACUCGGGCUUGUGGCCAAUUUUGCUCGUGAAAACGCCAGUGUACCCGUUUGGACAGACUUGUUGUUUACGGUACUACGGCAGCGUUCAUCCCGUGUGUUUCGUGCGGAAGAGACGUUCACGCUUCUUGAUCAAUUAAAGAAGCGAUAUGGUCCGCAAUUUGUAGCGCGUGUGCUGGUGGAAAUUAUUAAUGGAUGUGCCAAUAUUAACAUGAUGACAGCUGGACACGAGUUGCUGCUGUAUCAUCAAAAAAUGUGGUCAGAAAUUCGAGAAAAAGAAGCGGACUUGAGCUCCAAUGAGUCUCUUAUUCCUCCAUCAGUUGUAGGACAUUUGCUAGCCAAGUUGACGAAAAAAAAGAAGUACAAGCAAGCUAUAAGCUUAGCAACAGCGUACUUCAGCCAUCCGGACUUCGAUGCGGCCAGAGAUUUUCAACAGCAAGGCUUUUUGGCGCUGUUUGAAGCUACUUCAAAGGCACAACAGAGCUCUCAAAAGAUUGUACGCACGUUUUUGGACUACGUGGAGGGAAACGUGCGUACAAUUGGCCACGAAUUGGAUCGUAUACGAAAUUUAAAGCUGGAGAAAGGCUUUGGCGCUGCAAUCCAGUGCUGUUUAGCGCAAGAGGAGUAUUCGUUGGUGCUUCAUUGUUAUUCGACAAUGAAAAACACACGGCAGAAGCUGCUUGAACAUGAGAGUCAUUCAAAAACGAAUUUAGUGGAUAGUGGAAAUGAAGAAAGAGAAAGUAUUGCGGAUACCGUGCUUUUAGCCGAUGAGAACAUAUACGUAAACGUAAUGAAAGCAUGCCUGGCAAGUAAAAACAAUUUCAUGCUGAAAUCAGUCUUUCGUGAAAUGGCUGCUCGAGGUGUAGCUCGCAGUGCAGGAUUCGGGUUAGCAAUACGAUAUUGUCAUGAGCAUUUGGAAUCAAACUUUUUGGAAGAAGUAUUAGAGAAUGUCUUUUUUGCUGAACAGGAGCUGGCUGGUGCGUGGGUAUUACAGGUGGAAAAUUAUAAUGACGCGCUUGGCUGCUUUGCGGCUACAGGCAGAGCCGAACAAGCCAAAACACUUUUUUCACGCAUGUUGAGCAACCCCAUUCUUGUGCCUGAUCACAUCACAAUGCUUGAGAUGGUGGAAAAUUAUCGUGAUGCACCACUCGAGGAUGUUUAUGAUCUUAUGAAUACGUUUUUUGACUGGAAGUUGGCGCCAAAUCUGCAAGUUUUUACGUCUUUAUUGUCGAUCUGCAUGCAUCAACGUGUUAAUAGCGAUGCAUUCGCACUCAUCGAUACAAUGAAGAAACGUGGUAUUGUUCUCGAUACUAAAGCGUUUACUUCGAUCGCAUUUAUUCAGGCAUCUCGCGGCGACGUGAAAGCCAUUGUAAGCGUCUUACGCGAUAUGGCUAACAAUUUUGUUCCUACUGACAAUAUCCUUUUCAAUUAUGUUAUCAACGCACUCAAUGAAUCGAGUGGUAUUGAUGCGUGCUUUGAAUUGUUUCGUGAACUAAAUAAAGAGAACAUGGUUAUUCCAGAAGGCUUAUAUAUGUCGAUGAUUGAUUUGGGGACCCAGAUUGGACUAAUUGAACGUACAUUACAUGUCGCGUAUAACAUGGAGUGCGAAGGCUUUCGCCUUACCUCCCAGCAAUGGCACGACUUGAUGGUGCAAUGUCAGUUGGAUGCCGAACUAAACGAGUUUUUGCGUAUUUUCACAAUGUUACAUCAUGGGAAGCAACCCACCACCCCGCGUUUUGAAAUUAAAAUGUAUAAGGAUUUAAUCUUGUUACUGACAAAAUAUAAUCGUCAGCAUGAAGUCGUUCAAGUGCAGAAGCUAGCAAAAGAUGCAGGACAUGGCCUGAACGUUUGA